AUGCCGUUCUCCUCCUCAUCCUCCUCCUCCGGCCCCGAGGUGUCUACCACCCCGCUUGCAGACUACUUCUGGAUCGCCGGUGUUGAUGGCACAGAAAUCUUAGAGACUUUUCAAAGACUGGGCGAUGAAUACAGAGCAAACAGUGCCACCUCCCCUGGCCCCGCUCUUGCGGACACUAUCGAGGAAGAUGCGGACGCGGAGGAGGCACACGACCCCCGUUUGGACUCCCUCUCUCGGCCCACUUCCAUGGCUGGAGGCCGCAAUUCCUUCCAGCGUUUCUCAAUGCGCUCGGGAGACUCCAGUGAAUCCAGCGGGAAUGGCACCAGCAGCAACCGGAGCAGUCUGACCAUCAAGGGUAAUCAAUCGCCCAGAGGGUCGUCGUUCCUAGAAGAUUUUGACUUUGACAAGGCCCUGUUCAAGUUUGCGAACGAGCGGGAGUCGUUCCUGUCGGAUCUGAGUCUCAGUGCCGGAGCUAUCACUCCCACGUCGCGCCCCAGGUCCAGGUUACGUACACAGAAGAUUGUCUCUGAAGAGACCCCCUCCCAGCCAUCUAGCUUGCUUAGAUCAGGUAUUGGUAGCGUGCGGCGUCAUAUGGCAUUCAGAGACAUGAACAGUAUGAAACGGCAGCCGUCAGUUGCUCGUCAAGCUUCUAUUCGGACCUCGCGACGACUCAGUAAUUACAACUCAGUUAUUCCGGCACCACAACCGUUGGAGAUCUCCCCUACCAUGCAUCCCCUGAAACGCCGUUUUGAGCCCGUUCUCCUCGACCGGUACCCAACCAAAGGAAUGUCUGACGAGCUGAAGCAACGGGGCAACUUCCCAGACUAUGUCCCGAUGUUUGCCUUUCCGAACGAUAUCCAUAUUGUUUCUUCAGAUCAGAGACCGCGCUCUACCUGGCACGGGUUUGUCAUGACAACUGACAAUGGCUCACGACUGCACGCCAUUUGUCUUAUCAUAUGGAUUCCACUGAAUCAGCGAGCUGCGGAGGAAUUGGAAAAACGCUGCGAGGAAUGGCGAAAAGACAAUAUGACAGACGAAGAGCGAGAGCUAGCGGCCAGUCUCGGUGAAAGGCUAGCGAGCGAACGGGCCAAACUCUCGAGACUUCUAGCCCAACUCCCCACGGUGCCUUCAGGGUCGGAACAAAGAGAGCAGCUGGAGGAUGAGAUCAGUGCGGUUGAAGAGAAAAUCGGCUUAAUGACCGACCUUUUACGCCCAGUCCGGCACGGUGCAGCAUCAAAAAUUGAAGGUCUGACUGACGGCGACACGGGAUUCUGGAUCCCCCGCGCUUACGGUAUUCUUGGGCGGGAAGAAAGCAUGACGAGUUUCUGGAAAGAGUGGCUGAAAGCAGUAAUUGUGCCCAUGACUGAGGGAAGCAUUCAGCGGAUCCCUCCAAGCUCUCCGCGGAUGGGGAUGUGGCAACCCUUGGAACGAUAUGUGAUGAACCUAUGCACUGAGGCAUUUAGCCCCAAUUCGUCCAAGACCCAAGUAGAGCUUUCGGUCCGGGAGUUGCGCCUGUUUGCACGAAAGGAAGCUACCAACGAACUGCCAGGCUCCCGAAAUACUGAUCUCUAUGCACUAUUCCGAACUUUGUCGCUGCCGAACAUCAUCAUUCUUUUCGAGUAUGCACUGACCGAAUCGCGUAUAAUAUUCUUGUCGUCCCAUACUUCGAUGCUUUACUUGGCUACUAGGGCACUGGUUGAUUUGUUGUUCCCAUUCCAGUGGACUGGAGUGCUCAUUCCUGUUUUGCCUGCACGUUUGAUCCAAGCUCUCGAAGCUCCUUGUCCUUACAUUGUAGGUAUCGAGCGGAGAUAUGAGAAGGUUGAGCUACCAUCGGAUGACUUCGUCUUGGUGGAUCUCGACGCAGACCUCAUUGAGAGUACAGUUCGGCCAACGCCCCUGCCGCGUCACCAGCGGAGAAAGCUGCAUUCGCUACUUCAACUGGCCGCCCCCCACCACAGUCGGUGCGGUGUCCCAACUGGUCCGCCAGCAUAUGCAGUGGAGACGUUCCCGUUCGAUGCGUUUAUGUCGGAGAAUUCCUCUAUUUUCCACUCCAAAGCGCAGUCGACUCAGUUAGCGAAAUACGUCAGCCUUAACUCGAACGCAUUCGGCCAGGCCUCGAUGCCGGGAACGUAUGCGCCUCUUGUAUUCAAUGCUUAUCUGCAUGCUCGCUACGAGCAGGUUCCGUCUAGGGGAUAUUCGUCUAAGGGUCCUGACCGGCCGGGACUGGAUCGUCCAAGACCGGGUCGCCUCCUUCACCUAGGGACACCUCUCCCACAUCAGGCAUCCUUGCGCGAGAAGCGCUCAGGUCAUUUCGAUGCUGCAUCACGAAGAAGUUCGUCGUUCGGUAUGGAAUUAAGAGGAGGUGUUCCCAGACGGCCAAGUGCUCCUUUCCUAGGCCACACCUCGAAUUUAUCUGUGACAACACUGAAUACGGAAUAUAAUUCUGGGUCAACUUACGCACCCUCCGUCUAUGCCCAAUCGACUGUUGCUGCGUCCACCAUUGUUCCACAGCCUUCUUCGCAACCAAUUCACAACUCCGAAGGCACCUGUUGGGUGGAGGGGCAUUGCUUGCAAGUGCUGCCAUGCGACGACAAGUCUAUUUGUGCAAUCUGUGAUGAAAGGGCUGACGAAGCCAUGUACAAGUGUAACGCCUGUAAGACUCUUGUUCACAACCGUUGCGCCUUGCAGAUCUGCCUGGUGUGUCCCGCUGCGUUCCAUCCGGAACAGAUUCGCGCCGCAUUUGUAAGGUGUUUUGCUAGCUUGCUCUAUACCUACAAGAAGUUCUUACAACCUGCUUCUGGUGAUAAGAAGAAAGCGGGCCUGACCUAUAGCUUCAACAUGGAGGCAUUCCUGAAGAGCUUGCCAGGUGAGCAUGCUGAAUAUGCUGCCGUCCUGCAGCAAACACAAAGCUUCAAUGAAUUCAUCAGUGAAAGAGAAAGAGUCAAUCCCAAGUCCAAGGAUCCAAGAAUGGCCCUUUUUGAUGAGAUCGUCUUAUCCAAACGCAAUCGUGGGCGGACUUCUUUUUUCUCUAGCCGAAUGCAGACGGAUUUCCUUUCGGAUACGUCGAAUCAUCUUUGGGUAACUGCCAGUGCUAGUUCCUUUGGUCCAGGUAGCAGGGGGCAACAAGGUCUUUCUGGGGAUUAUACCCGUGUCGUCACUAGAGCACCAGCAAAACUCGAUAACAGCCUGAUGAAAGAGCCCCGCAUGAUCCACGGAGCCCCUCGGGUAUCGAAGACGGCAAACAAUGCCCGUAGAAAGCCACUGCCUAAGCUCAUGAACGGGCUGGCCAUCUCACCCCCAUAA